AUGUCCGCAUCCCCCAUCGUUGAUAUCUUGCAGCUUCAAGCCAACACCGCCUACCUACCUGGAAGUCACAAGUCACUGACGUGGGCACCGGAAAUGAUUAUGCUUUUCUGGGAGGCGUUACAAUGUAACAAGCGUUUCCGCUCCUUCAUCAUUGACACAGCCAGAUCUCAUGAUUUUGUCGUGCUUGUGCUAUACUAUGCUCUGGAUCAACGAAACGACCCAUCAAAACAAGGUCUUGUACGCAUGUGCAUCUUUGUACUACAGACUCUGAGUGUCGAGCCGCAGUUUGGCAAGAGCCUGAAUAAGGCAUUCGAGGGCCAGGAAUCCCUGCCGCCGAGCAUACGGAUACCGAACUUCCACGGCACCUAUGCCGAUUACAUUAUCACUUCCAUCUAUACACUACUCACUACAGGUAAAGGCAGAUUGGAUGCAAUAUACCCUGCUCUGCUUGCCAUUUUAAACAAUAUUGCUGCAUAUGUGCAAAACCUUGGACGUGCUUCAAGUUCUAAGCUGCUCCAAUUGUUCGCAUCCAUGUCAUCACCAAGCUUUCUCUUUGCAAAUGAGAGCAACCACGCCCUGCUACACUCACUCUUGGAAGCUCUGAAUGCGAUGAUCGAGCAUCAAUAUCAACACAACCCAAACCUUGUAUACGCCAUCAUAAGGUUACGAAAAAAGUUCCAAGCGCUACGAGAUUUCACCCUUGAAAGCGGUCAGGAAGAGCUCGAGCGCCAGAAUCAAUUACGCAAAGAUGGUGGAGAGGAGCUGUCACGACAAAAUUCUAUCGACAGCUUACGGAGCUCGAAUGUUGCCCGAACUCCCACUUUGGGCAAUGUCCCUGAGGAAAACAGUGCUUUCGCUAUCGGCGAUGACGACUCAGAUGACGAAGCCACAACACCUGAGGCGCCACGAUCGCCAGUACAAUCACCACCCGGAGCUUCGAGACGUGCAUCGAUAGCGUCCUCCGUGGACGAGUCGGUUCCGCUGCAGCUGAGAGGCAUGUCUGAGAAAGCAAGAGGGAAGAUGCCCGUUGGUCAGCCUGCUUUCUCUCGCCAAAACAGUAUGACGAGCCUCCAUAGCAUGGCAGGCCCAGCACUAGCUACCAAUGAGUUCUUCACGCCAUCGGUGCCGUGGCUCGAGGGCUGGCUCUCCGAACUCCCCCUCCACACAAUCAUGAUGCUGAUUACGCAACUUGGCCCCAAAAUGCCCAGCGCCGCAAACUCCAACGACACAGCCGCAGCCAUGGCCGCGAUCCGUGAGACUGAGAUCCGCGGGAUUGAGCCAUCGCCCAUUCGCGUGCACCUCUUUGAAUGGUCACCCUUAUCCCUCGGCUGGUACGAAUCCCUUCUCUGGGGCUUCGUCUUCGCUGCCGAGAUGCUCGUCGCAAAGGGCACAGCAGGCGUCUGGAACAACACCAGUAUCCGACUCUUCAAGGUACAAGAAGGCGCCGCAAACACCCCAUCCUUUAUGUCUCCACGGGGUGCGGUCGAUGCCGUGGGCAGCAAUCUCGUGCAACGGAUUGGUAGUCUGAAUCUCCGCGGUGGGACGCCGAGCGUGCCCCCGAGGAGUCCAGCAAGUAAUGGCGGGGCCGGGGCAAAUACUGUGCGUGAUGUAUAA